ACCAUUCUACUUCUAUCUUCUACUCAAUUUCAAGCCAAAAUUUUGGAGCUUUAAGGCAUUUUCGGGUUUCUAUCAAUAUUUCUAGGUAUUCUUGGGUGUGUGGUGAAGCGUUUGGUCUUUCUCCGAGAGGUAUCACACUCAUCGUCGCUCAUUUAGCCAAGAUGCCAAGAGGUAAGACCAGAACGCAAUCCACUUCCUCCCUUCCCCCAUUCAAAAGGCCUAGGGAUGCGUCAUCCCCAUCUUCUUCCUCUAUUCCCGCUCCAUCUAGCAUUCCCACUAACUCUUCCAUGGGUUUCUUUGACACUUCAAUAUUGCAUGGUGAUAAUGUUAUAUUGGCGGAUCUUAUAAACUUUAGAUGUGAGGAAUUAAUGGGUCGAUUACAAUUGAACCAAAAAGUGACAUCUGACCUAUUUAAUAGGGUCAUGGCUCAUCUUGAUUUGACCUUCCCUUCUUCUUCCUCUAUUCUCACUCCAUCUAGCAUUCCCACUAACUCUUCCAUGGGUUUCUUUGACACUUCAAUAUUACAUAGUGCGAGUGCUACAUUGGCGGACCUUAUAAACUUUAGAUUUGAGGAAUUGAUGGGUCAAUUACAAUUGAACCAAAGAGUGGCAUCCGACCAAUUUAAUAUAGUCAUGGCUCGUCUUGAUUUGACAUCCUCAUAUUCUUCCUCUAUUCCCACUCCAUCCAACAUUCCUAUUAACUCUUCCAUGAGUUUCUUUGACACUUCAAUGUUGCAUGGUGCGAAUGCUAUAUUGGCGGACCUUUCCAACUUUAGAUUUGAGGAAUUAAUGGGUCAAUUACUAUUGUACGAAAGGCUGACAUCCAACCAAUUUAAUAUAGUCAUGGCUAGUCUUGAUUUGAUGCGAGCUCCACUGAUUCCUACGGGACCCUCUGUUGUACCACCCUUCGGCGACAUGGACGCUAAUGAUGAUGAGAAUGGCAAUGAUGCUUGAAGGCUUUGCUUGUUUAGUUUUAGUAGUAGUUUGUUGUUAAUUUUGUUUAGGUUUUAUUUUGUUACCCCCAAUGUUUUAGGGAGUGACUUCGUUGUAGUUGUACCUUCAUGAUGCGUUUAGCCAUUCUUUUUGCAACUUUUUAUGGCUAAGCAUGUGUAAUCCACUUUCAUAUUCAUGAUGCAUGUUGUUAUUUUUGUUUUCUUCUUCACCUUUAUAUUUGAAUAAUGUUGGGUUUGAUGUUGAUUUUUGAU